AUGGUUUUCGACUACGUACAGACGACGUCAGUCCCUCAAUGUGCCAUCACCUGCAACGGCGUCGCCAACUGCACCGGUUUCAUCUACUGCAACAUCGACAACAGAUGCUCCAUUUUGACAUCGGAUCAGCCUUCCGUUCCUGUCAGCGUCCCCUACUCGACCUGCAAGGCAUUCUUAGAAGUCACGACCUCCAGUCAGACUUCGCUAUCAUGCCAGAAUGGAGGAACCCUUGAUGGUGCUGUCCGUCUCUGUCUGCCUGCCUUCACAGGAGGGAAGUGUGAGACCAGGAUGGAAGACUGUAAAGACGUGUCCCUGUACCUUGGUAACUCUACUGGAACCUACACAGUCUGGCCGACCAACUCCGCACAACCGUUUGACAUAGAAUGCCAUGGCGUCACUACUAUGAUCAUGUUCAGGGACAAAACCAUCAGUGGCUGUGAGGCUGCGCCCGUGACGUACCUCGACGUUCCCUGGGCCGACUACAAGUCUGGUUUCACCCACUCCAACUGUUAUAUGUGGCUGGGUCUGGAGAAGGUGUAUGCUCUGACCAGCGUCCGAGCUUACUGGGUGUACAUGUCACUGAAGACAUUUGAUAGCACUCCCGGACAAGUGUCUUACAACGCCUUCUCCGUGGGUGACGAGGCCUCGGAGUAUCGGCUGUCGGUGUCGGGGUUCACUGGGGAUGGCGUUUUCGGAGACCGCUUCAACCUCGGGGACCCAGCUACAACCCUGGAUGGGAGUCACUUCUGUGCCAAGGAUCACUGCAACAACUCAGUCAACCCUUGUGCCGAGUGGCAUCGUGGAGCCUGGUGGAACAGGCUAGAUGUCUGCCAGACGAAUCCUCACCAACGAUAUGACAUUUAUUGGAUUCUUGACGAUGGUACCCCUCACGAAUGUAAAAGCAUCUACAUGUUCAUAGAUCCUGCCUAA